AUUUCGUGGUAAGGAGGCUGUGUGGUGUAUGUGUGGCCACGCCCACUCCAUACGUCACGUCCCUGAGUACCUGAGCUGGAGUUUGUGCGCGUGAGAAGAACGUGAACGUGCAGAUCAGCGAUGGCAACUUCGGAAGCUGUUAAAGUUUGCUCGCUGAAGGAUAAAGUGGCGUUAAUCACCGGAGCGAGUUCAGGUAUCGGAGCUGCAACGGCGCUGCUCUUCGCCAAACUCGGAGCUCAACUCGCACUCAAUGGCCGUGACAUGGACAACCUCAGCAAAGUCGCCAAAAAGUGUGAAGAGUGCGGGGGCAAAAAGCCACUCUUGGUGCCAGGAGACUUGACUGAUGAGGGGACAGUGAAGAAAACCGUUGAAGAAACUGUUGCUCACUUUGGGCGCCUGGACGUUCUCAUUAACAGUGCAGGAAUCCUCGCCAUGGGCACCAUAGAGACCACCGACUUGGCACAGUAUGAUAAAGUGAUGAAUGUUAACGUCAGAUCAGUUUAUCACCUUACACACUUGUGUGUGCCACACUUGAUUCAAACUAAAGGCUGCAUUGUAAAUGUGUCCAGCGUAAAUGGCCAACGAUCAUUUCCUGGAGUGCUCGCAUACUGCAUGUCCAAGUCUGCCAUUGACCAGUUUACACGCUGUGUUGCUCUUGAGCUGGCACCAAAGCAAGUACGAGUCAACUCUGUUGGGCCAGGUGUGAUCAUAACAGAGGUUCACAAGCGUGCAGGUCUAGAUGAAGAACAGUAUAAACAGUUCCUUGAGAAGUGUAAAGUCACGCAUGCCCUUGGCCGACCUGGUGAGGUGGAGGAAGUGGCUCAGGCAAUUGCCUUCCUGGCCUCAGAUGCUGCUACCUUUAUUACAGGUGUGAAUCUCCCAGUAGACGGAGGCCGUCAUGCUAUGUGUCCACGAUAGAGCCACAUCACCAUAACAAAUCUGAUUAGUAGUUGUAAAUAAAAAUGGAAAAAAAAAAAACAAAAAACUACAAAGGUCUUGGGUAAAUGGUAAGUUCAUA